UGAGGUUCUACAUUUAGAUCUCGUUACUUCCUGAUUGAGUCACUGAUUCGAAAAGCCCCACGUGACAAGCGAGGGUGGGUCUAUGGCUCUAUGUUGAAACACUUUCUCACCAUACACAUAUUUAAUUGAAGAUCAGAUAUUGUUACAAGGUCCAGCACUGAGAAGAGGUGAUGGGGAUUGAAAAAUUACCGUUGCGUUUUCUUAUUCAUUGCAUUUGGCUUGGAGUGUGGGGAGUUGAUACCUCGUCAUGGACUGCUGAGGUGCCCGACUCAGUCUCCGGCCUGGAGGGCUCAUGCAUCGUGAUUCCCUGCUCAUUCAACUACCCAGAACCAAAGAUAAAGCCCUCUGAAUUCACUGGCAUCUGGUUCAAAGACACUUCUGAGGUUAUCUACCACACAGACAGCUCCAACGUCAUCACAGACUACAGGGGUCGUACAGAGCUGGUAGGAAACCUCAGACAGAAGAACUGCUCUCUCAGAAUCGACCCCCUCCACAGCAGUGACAAAGGACCCUUUACUUUCAGGAUUGAAAUCAAAGACUAUAACAAGGCUUCAUACAAAGAUGACAGAGUCUCCAUUGCAGUGAGGGACUCUCCAGACCCCCUCUCUCUGACAGUGAUGGAGGUGGUGAAGGUGGGGGAGGAGGUAUCUGCCUCCUGCUCUGUGUCUCACUCCUGCCCAUCUGAUUCCCCUCUCAUCACCUGGAGCCACUCUGGAACACCCAGCAUCCAAGCACAGCAGCAGACCAAGGGCCAGUGGGAAGAGACAUCAACCCUGACCUUUAGAUCCAGCAACGCUGAUAACAACCAGCCUCUAGUCUGCACAGCAGCAUACAGGGGAGGGAAGAGAGUGAAAAGCUCCAAGACGCUAACUGUGAAAUAUGCCCCAGUGGAUGUGAAGGUUAAGGGAGUGUCCAGUGUGAAGGAGGGAGACUCUGUAGAGCUGAGAUGCUCCAGUGACAGUAACCCUGCUGCCCACAACUACCGUUGGCACAACAGCAGAGGACCUCUGCCCACCACUGGACCCACACUCACACUGGAGAAUGUGACCAGACUCACUGAAGCCCUCUACUGCACUGCCAUCAAUACAGAGGGACAAGGCCAAUCCAGCCCACUGAAGCUCAACGUAGAGUACCCCCCUGAGAUCAAAGUGGACUCUGCCUGCACUUCAGACAUCUCUAUGGUAACAUGUCUGUGCAUUGUGGAUUCAGAGCCCCCCAGCACUGUGGAGUGGUCUCUUCCAGCAGGACACCUGCCCAGUACCAGGGUGGAGAUGCAUGGGUCAGUUACCAUGGUUAGCCUACAGAGGGCACUAGGCUUCUCAGAGACCGUCCACUGCCAUGCCAGCAACACACAGGGCAAUGCCACCUUGUCCUUCACUGUGUCUACAAAUGAUAAGAUGUUCAUGCUGUACGUUUCAAUUGGUAUUGCUGCAUUAGUGGUGGUGGUAAUACUAGUUCCCAUGUCAGCUUGCCUAUUGACUAAGAAGGGUGGGAGGAGUCAUAGUGACCAGCCAGUAGCCAGUAUACAGGACAUGGAUGCAGCCAAGUGUGCUUCCUCAGAUCCCUCAACAUCAAGGAAAGAGCAGAAAGACACCAGCAGUGAAAUCCUCACAAACUACUACACCAACGAUCAGCUAUAUGGCAACAUGGAGGCUGAAGAAGAUGGCGACCCAUGCGAAUGUGUUGGUGGAGACGAUGCAAUCUAUGGUAACAUUUGAACACAACAGGAAGCAUGUGGGAGUCAGCUGGCUCAGAGGCCAUUGUACUUAGUCUGUCAAAAGCUCCAGUAAAAUAUUUACAUUUUAACCCAAUGUAGCACAGCAGCCGACUGCUUAUUUGUUAGCUUUAUUGUUCUUAUGGCUAAAGAAUAUAGUACAUUCUUAUUUGUGUUGUGGCUUGUGUUAUGGCUUUCACAAGGCUUUUGUUUGUAUCUAUGGCUUGGGUGAAUCAAAAUGAACCUGAUAUGAAUGGCUAUACAGUUAUAAUUAUUGGGAAGUGUAUAUACAGUAUAUUAUUGUUUUUGUGUUGCUCCUUUCAACUGUAAUCCACUUAUGUGUAACUGACACUCAGGUCAGCACAGUGCUUCUGUGGUCCCCUUGAAUGUACAGACAGAUAGAGUAUACUAUAAUUUGUCAAAACAGGCCAUAUUGAGAUAUACUGUAUGUACUUGAGAUGGAGAAUACAACGAUUGUAAAGUAAAGUACCUUGAACAUUUUCUCCAGAUCAGAUUGAAUAUGAACAUGUGUAAAUGUUCAACAACAACAGUGAUCAAAUGAAAAAUAUCUGUGUUUCAUUGCAUUUUAAUAUAGUCUGUAAUGUUUGUUUCUGAAUAUCCCAAUCUACUAGCGAGUUAUUUUUCAUCCUUUAUGUUCUUACUGGGACACGCUGACCCACAUUGAUCUAAUGUGUGGGAAAAACAAACAUCUAUUGUUAUCAUAAAUCAACUUCAAGUACUCAAGGAAUGUAAAUGUCAAGCAGAAGUAAUUGUUAGUCACCAAUGAGCUGCUGUCUCCACUUGUCUUCCUCUUCUCAGGGGUCUUCACUGGUUAUCACAGCCACAAAGUCAUAAACCCCACCUAUAUCUACAAAUUAUCUCAUUCAAAUCUGCUUUUAAACCCAACUCUAACCUUAAAUUAAAAACGAAACACAUUUUUGUUUUCAUAGAUUAUAAGGAUAUAGUCCGUUGACAUUGUGGCUGUGUUAUCUAGUUGAAACUCUUCACAGGUCGUCGUGGCCUCUGUAAAUCAACACAUCUCCUCCUGUUGGUUCAUAGAAGGUUAAAUUAAUUAAAAACGAAACACAUUUUUGUUUUCAUAGAUUAUAAGGAUAUAGUCCGUUGACGUUGUGGCUGUGUUAUCUAGUUGAAACUCUUCACAGGUCGUCGUGGCCUCUGUAAAUCAACACAUCUCCUCCUGUUGGUUCAUAGAAGACCCCUGUUUAUGUGAAAUGGAUUGAGGAUUGAUGAGCAAGAGAAGUAGAGGACUAAAAUGUGAACAAAUGUAAUUAAUGCACCACCAGUUCUGUCUGGUCUGCUCUAGAUUCACAUCAAAGAUUAUCAUGACAAUUUUGUUGUAGAUUUGGAUCACAAUAAAUGGUGUUGCAGUAAAAGCCCAUCUAGAGAAUCUAUCCCAAAGUGAUCCCCUAUAAAGUUAUAUACACAAAGGGAAUGUUGCUUAUUUUUUAAUACAUUCUGGAACUGUGUACUCACUCCCCAAGAAUACAUAGAAUAAUGAAGACACAUCCUGUGCAGGCUAAUACAUUUUAUUUUACCUUUAUUUAACCAGGCAAGUCAGUUAAGAUACACACAUUCAGUGGGUUAACUGCCUGUUCAGGGGCAGAACGACAGAUUUUGUACCUUGUCAGCUCGGGGGUUUGAACUCGCAACCUUCUGGUUACUAGUCCAACGCUCUAACCACUAGGCUACGCUGCCGCCCCAACACAUAGCCACUGAGAGAUGAAAAUAGGACACCCACAGGGGUUUUGAUGGUGAUAGCAUCGAAGGAGCAGGCUACAUUCAGUAAUAAAAUAAAGUGUUACAGCAUUUGUGUUCA